CGCCCGCUAUUUGUCGCACAGGGCUCUCGUCAAGAUUCCCGCCUGGAAUAUACAGCACCUGUCGGUCAGCAACUGUCCCAAACUCAACACCGAACACCUCGAGAUGGCUUUCACUAAGUGGAGUAAAUCGCUGAUAGAUGUGGACAUAUCGUGGAAUACCAGUGAAGUGAGUGUCACCUGUUGUAUGACAUCCCUGUGCGAAGUGGGAGAAGAGGAGUCACAGCUACGGACACUACAACUCAGGGGUUCAGCCGUUUCCUACGAAUCGAUUAAGUGUUUGUUGAGAAGUUGUCCGAAAUUAGAGUCAAUUGAUUUGCAGUCGUGUAGAGGUCUGCCCAGAGGUAUAAAGAGGUCGUAUUCGGGGCAAGACUUCUAUACAUUGAAGUCAGAGGUUUUCGAGGGAAAGUACGAUUGAAUGCAAAGUACAGUUCAAAUGAAUAAUAUAUUUCAGAGGAUAUAUUAAUUGUAUAUUUUUUGAUAACUCACUGCUUUGUAGUAGACGUUUAAAACUUGACAUUAUUAACUCAUUUCCAC